GAGACGCUCUUCAGACCGGAACACGUGUGUCGUUGAUCAAACCAACAUGGUGUCCCCCUGUAGGCAAUGUGAAUGUAAACAGCGGCUCACCUCUGAAACAUUAAAUUGUGUUACAGCGUCUAUGAUAUAACAUUUACAUUACAGUGGAUCAUAAUGGCUCUCAGAGUGUGUUCUCGCCUUCUCAGAGACUUCAUCUCCUCACGGACCGUCACGUCUGCACGACUGGAAAGUGCGUCAUGGUUUCUGUCGACAGGAAAUGCUGCGGGCAGCCGGGGCAGAAGGGCAGGACUUCACCUCACUCCUGCGUGUUUUAUUACAUCAGACGUGUUUCUAAACAGACUGAUGAAAGGCAAAGCAGCAGAGGCAGGCAGCAGUCUCUAUCGAGAACCAGCCUCUGUUCCACCGGACAGCGGUGAACAGUUAUCUUUGUUACUGAGACAUCCAGAUCAGCCUGCCAACCCAAAGGUUUUGAAAGUGGCUGUUAUAGGAGCUCCGAAUGCUGGGAAGUCAACACUGUCCAAUCAGCUCCUUGGCAGAAAAGUAUUUGCAGUGUCUAAGAAAGUACACACUACACGGACCCGAGCCCUUGGCGUCUUAACAGAGGAUGAUACACAGAUAAUUUUACUAGACACUCCAGGUCUUACAACUGUAUCAAAAGUCAGAAGACACCAUCUGGAGAAGUCUUUGCUUGUUGAUCCAUGGAACACAGUCAAAGAAGCGGAUCUAGUGGUGGUCAUGGUGGAUGUAGCGGACAGAUGGACAUGCAGCAAACUGGACUUCGAGGUGCUCAAAUGCCUCACUCAGCAUGCUGACAUCCCAGCUAUCCUGGUCAUCAAUAAGGUGGAUCGGCUGAGGACUAAAGACAGGCUGCUGGAUAUCACAGCAGAGCUGACAUGUGGAAUCGUGAACGGGCGUAAAAUGCGGAUCAAGACAGUUAUAAAGCCUCCGCGGGCCGAAAAGAGGCCGCAGGGACAUCCAGAGCCCUCACUUGAGGAGGAAAAGUCAUGGCCUGAGGGCAGCUCUGAUCCAAACUCUGGGCUGAGCAAAGAGCAGCUGAAAGCGCUGAGGGAUCAGAACGGCUGGCCUCACUUCAAGGACGUCUUCAUGAUGUCCUCUGUGGACAGAGCAGAUGUCGACACGCUGAAGACUUACUUCAUGGCAGCAGCAAAGCCGGGCUCAUGGCAGUACCACAGCGAGGUCCUGACUGAUCAGAGCCCAGAGGACGUCUGCACCAACCUCAUCAGAGAGAAGCUCCUGGAGUAUCUGCCCCAGGAGGUGCCCUACUCAAUGACACAGUCUGUUGAGCUCUGGCAUGAAGGAGAAGAUGGGGACCUCGAUAUCUCUGUGAAACUUAAUGUCAAGAAAGAAUCUCAGAUGAGGAUGGUGAUUGGCACAGCUGGUCAGAUGGUGGCGAAGAUGGCCAAAGAGGCAGGUGAGGACCUGAGCCGGGUGUUUCUGAGGGAAGUAAAGCUGAAACUGUCAGUGAAGCUGAAGAAGUGAAGAGGAUGGAGGGACUUUGAGAUGAGGAUGGGAAACAGCUCCUGCUGAAUUUCCGACAACUCUGUUUCUACAAAGGACAGACCGAAGGAGUCAAAUUCAGAAGCUGUGAAGUGGCAGACUGCCAGAGUCGCAGAACUCCUACUGAGAUGUUUCUAGUCGGAUGGAAAGAAAUUUGUUCUCCACUUUGACUUUUUCAUCCCCUGACUUUAUCUGCAGCAUCCCCUCACACAGCCUCAUGAGACAUUGGAGACAUUUUUAUGUGAGAAUGAACCUGAAAAGAUGUUAUUGAGAGUGGGGCCUCAACUUAAAGAGAAAUUUCACCUCUAUCAGUAAAGUGGUGAAAAUAUUCCAAAUAAAAGCAGCUUACACGAGCA